AUGCCAUCGACUGUUCACAGCCGCAAUAUGUCGGAAUCAAAAGAUUUUACCAUACAUAUGACCGAUGAAGACCAAACAUUGGAGAAAUAUAAAAAUCCUAAGGCCAGCUACAAAAGAAAGUCUCUGGUACGAGGUGUUAAGGAAAUCUGUGGAGAGUUUUGUUCCAACACCUCCAUACAUGGCUUUCAAUAUUUUGGCCAACAGAGACCGCGAAAGGAGAUCUGUUUUUGGAUUAUAGUGUUUGUCAUAUCGAUUUAUUUGUGUAGCUCCAUCAUUGUAAGGAUUUAUGUGAAAUGGCGCGAGUCACCAGUGAUAGUAAGCUUCUCUGAUCGUUCCACACCCAUUUGGAAUAUACCCUUUCCCAGGGUUACCAUAUGCCCCGAAGUUAAAAGGAGCAUUAAUGUGUUAAAUGGAAAAAAUUUUACCUCGGACUUCAAUCGCACCCAGCUGGAGGAUACUCUUACCUUGAUGCAUAUGUGUGAUGCCGAGUCUUUAUUUGAAGAAGAGCCUUUGUUGAGGGACAUGGAUUUUGUUCGGAGCCUUAAGCGUAUGUUACCCGAGUACGAUAGGUAUCUGUUGUUGUGCUAUUGGUCAGGCGAUUGGAUAAGCUGUGAUCGCCUAUUUUACCCAGUGUAUACAGAUGAAGGCAUUUGCUAUGCCUUCAACAGUUUGGAAAUGGCGCAUAUGUAUCGCGAUGAUGUGGUCAAAAGCAACAUGAGGGAAGUGCCCGAUGAUGAAUGGCCAAUUUAUGAUACUGGUCGUUGGUCCUUGGAAGAGGGCUAUGCUGCCGCCACUGAUUUGGAUACUUAUCCGCGUAGGCUGGCGAAUUCUGGCGCUCAUGCUGGACUUGUGGUAUAUUUGCAAUGUUUUCCACAUGAGUUGGAUUACACCUGCAAUGGGCCCAUGGAAGGCUACAAGGUCAUGUUGCACUCGCCCGAUGAUGUGCCCUCGGUGUCCAAACAUUUCGUACGCAUAUCCAUGGACAAAGAAGUGAUGAUAGCACUCAAGCCCAAAAUGAUAACCACAUCGCCGGAGGUAGCUGCCUACGAGCCGGCCAAACGUCUCUGUUUCAUGAACAAAGACCGCCAGUUGGCUUUCUACAAAAUCUACAGUCAAAAGAACUGCGAGCGUGAAUGUCUAACCAAUUACACCCUUAAAGAAUGUGGCUGUGUGCAUUUUUCAAUGCCUCGUUCAAAUGAUACGCCAGUAUGCCUUGAGAAUAACAUCGAUUGCCAACUAUACGCUCAACGAUGGAUGUCUGCCUAUACUUUGGCCACUGUGGCUGACACUCCUUCCGAUGACUGCAACUGCUUGCCCGCCUGCACUUCGCUGGAGUAUGAGACCGAAAUUUCCGAAGGCUAUUACGAUGCCAAAGCAUUGAAGGGGUAUAAGAAAUUUUACAAAUAUGACUUUGCUUCGCCGGGCGGCAAAACCGCUGUGGUCUCCAUCUAUUUCAAGGAGAUUCAAUUCAUUACGUCCAGACGAUCUGAGGUGUAUGGCUUCACUGACUUGCUGGCCAAUUUUGGUGGUGUAUUUGGCCUCUUUAUGGGCAUCUCCAUACUGAGUGUUGUGGAAAUUCUUUAUCAUUUAUCACUGCGUUUGUGGUCGAAUUUGACUCAUGGUGUGGGAGAAAGUUAA